UCCCCCUUUCUCGUACAUGGUACGAUCCCUUCCCGUUCGAAGUUGAAGCGGGAGGAAGUUGUCGAUGUGUUGCCGGUUGUUGAUGUUUCUCUAAAAAAGAAAAGGCACCGCAGUCUCCUUACAGUGCAGUUUUUGUUGUACAAGAUGGACGUGACGACCUGUCUGAAGUCUCUGCUGCUGGCUAUACAGCAGUACAGAGACAGCAGGACAGCGCAGCACGCAGCGCAGCUACAAAAACAGGUGGAGAAGUUUUCAGGCCUAAAGUGCGAGCAGCUGCUGUCCUCAGCUCAGGUUCUGCCCAGCGAGUGUGUGAGUGGGCUGGUAGAGCUGGCUGGAAACCCAAGCACCAGCCCCACCCUGACGAGCUCCAUCAUCGCCCUGCUGUCACAGCUAGCCUGCGACGAUCAGAGCCGGGAGAUUUUGCACAGCAGCUACAACCUCACCAGCACCCUGGCUGCUGUCAUACACUGUCACAGCAACACACCCGGGGAGCCUCUGGUGCUGCAGUGCCUCCAGGUGCUGCAGAAGCUGACCUACAACACUCGCAUCUUCCAGUCCGCCAGCUGCAUCCACGAGCUCAUCACUUUUCUCAUGACCAACAUCCAAUCUCAAAAUGAAGACGUUGUCAUGUCAUGUCUCGGCCUCUUGGCCAAUCUCUGUCGCGACAACGUCUCCGUGCAGAUCUACAUCAAGUCUCUGGACAACGUGAAGCAGUUUUAUCGCACACUGAUCAACUUUCUGGCGCACAACAGCCUGACUGUGGUGGUCUUCACGCUGUCUAUACUGGCCAGCCUCAGCCUGAAUGAGAAGGUUGGAGAGAAGCUCUUUGAUGCAAAGAACAUCCAUCAAACGUUCCAGCUUGUGUUCAACAUCAUCGUGAACGGUGAUGGUACUCUGACCAGAAAAUACUCAGUCGACCUUUUGGUUGAUUUGUUAAAGAACCCCAAAAUAGCUGAUUACCUAACAAGGUAUCCCCACUUCUCGGCAUGUGUGUCUCAAGUGUUAGGACUGCUGCAUUCGAAAGACCCAGACCCUGCAGCCAAGGUGUUGGAGCUUCUCCUCGCCAUGUGCAGUGUCUCAGGUCUGCGCUCGCUCCUGUGCGAGGUGGUUUUCAAACCGGCGGGACCUAAACUCAGAGCCGCAGGAGGGGACGGUGGACGCAAGGCGCAGUGUGGGCUGGCACUGGUGCAGUGGCUGAGCUCGGCCGUGGAGGGUGGCGAAUCUUGCUCUCUGCAGGUCCUGCAGCUAUUGAGCGAGUUACUGGAGGAGACGCUGGGAGCAGAGAGUAUGCCUGAUUCUACACUGAGCUUUGUGGAAAUGCUGCUUCCGACACUGUUAGGGCUGCUGAAGGGCCUCAAUCUCUCACAGGGAGAUGCUCACCUGAGAAAACACUGUCUCCGCAUCAGCUACGUCACCAGCCUGCUGCUAAUCCUGUGCACGGAGGAGGCCACCAGAUCCUCGGUGUCCUGUCAGAUAAGCGCUCAGCUGUGCCUCUCACAGGUUGAAGCGCUCCUCUCAUGUUGCCAUAGCAGCAAUCCACUCAGCUGUCUACCUCCCAGCUCUGACGAUGAUCUCAGUCAGGUGUGUGCAGAAGCUCUGCUGAAGACCCUGGAGUUGAUGAGCAAACUGAGACAGCAUGUGAAGGACAUGGAGACCAGCUUCUACAGGAUGCUGCAGGACCAGAGGAUUGUGACGCCGCUGUCUCUGGCCCUCACGUCCCACCACAGAGACCGUGUGCAGACCGGUCUCUCUCUGCUGUUUGAAGCCACUCCCCUCCCAGACUUCCCCUCGUUCGUUCUGGGAGAAAGCAUCGCCGCCAACAACGCUUAUCGCCAGCGAGAGGCCGAGCUGUCUGUGAAGCGUGUGGCAGUGCAGGAAGUCCCGCCUCUCAGGACAAACGCCAGCACGCUGGACUCUUCCAGUGUUUCCAGCAAAAGUGUCCACAGUCUGGUGGAGAAGAUUCAGACUGGGCUGGAGCUGCAGGAGCAGGUCAAAGACUCGCACGUGUCCGAGAUCAUCGACGUGUACGAACAGAAGCUGGUCGCGUACGCGUCUAAGGAGAGCCGUCUGCAGGACUUGUUGGAGGCGAAGGCUCUGGCUCUUUCUCAGGCCGACCGUCUCCUCGCUCAGUAUCGCCUUCAGAGAGCUCAGGCUGAGGCUGAGGUAACAUGCGUCGUCUCUGGAGCUGCAGAAGAGUCAGCUGGAGACGAAGCUGAAGCAGAAGGAGGACGAGUUGAACAAACACUCUGCGAUGAUCGCCAUGAUCCACAGCCUCAGCAGCGGCAAGAUGAAGAGCGACGUCAAUCUGUCGCUCUGAGCGGCGGCCGAGCUGCACCGGGGAAAAUCUGAUUUUAAAAACAUGAGAAAUGAUCUUAUAACACGUGAAUAACAAGACUUCAAAGUUCAGGCUGUAGAAAUGAAACUUUGGGCUGGUUUAUCAGGACGUGCAGAUGUGUGACAGUUCUGCUCUGCAGGUUCAAUGAGACGGAGCGGCUGCUGAAGGAGGUGCAGGCGGCUCACGUUUCUCUCACCAAACACACCGACACCCUGAAGAAGAGCCACGAAGCCCUCCAGCUGCAGCAAAACAAGACGGCGUCAUUGUUGCAGGAGAGAGAAGAGGAGAUCAGAUCGCUUAAUUCAGAUCUACAGAAGAAAAACGGUGAAAUCUCAGGUCUGCGCGCUGAACUCCGGGCUGAGGAGGAGAAGGUGAAGGAAAAGGAGCAGGAGAGGAGAGACCUGGAGGAGACGGUGGAUGUUUUAAGGAAAGUUGCACGAUGGGAAGCCGGUUAUCACGGCAGCCGUCGUGGUCGAUCUGCAGAGCAGCUGUGA